UCCACCUUUCGACAAAGUCAAAGUAAAUUGCAAUUUUCUUAAAUCGCACGCUAUAAUUUACCAAGCUAUUGUUAAAUUUUCCUUUUGUAAAGCGACGCGGCUGUACGUCGAACGGUUCUCGUAAUCAUGCAUAACGCAUCAGUCCAAUCCAUACAUCGUUCGCCUCGUGUAUCAUCGAUAUCUUUUACUCCCUUUCUUCUUCUUCUCUUCCCUUCUAUUUUUCUUUGUUCUAUUAUCACUCUACUAAAUUAUCGGCUAUGGAUGGUAAUGAAAUAAAUAUGAAGCGAACAAUCGCUUAAUAAAGACGCGACUAGAUCAAAGCGAUUGAUCGUCUCCGAUACAUUGGAACAAUCAAUGUAGAGUGUGUACGAGUGCACGAGUUCAAUAUCCGAACGUACAAUAGCAGCCGGUUAUUAGGGAUACGAUGAGUUUUAUCAAGACAGACGAUAUAUCUGUCAGAUUGACGUCGAUUUUUAUGAAGCUCGUAGGAUUAUGGAUGGCGACCGAACGAUCCGAGCAACGCAUUAGGGAUAUUACGGUGGGUUACACGUUGGUCGCGAUCAUCUUCGCCAUGUGGUUGCAGACCACGGACAUGUAUUACUCGUGGGGAGAUUUUAGCGCCUGUCUUUUCGAUGCGUGCAAUAUAUUGUCGUUAACGAUGCCGUUUAUCAAGAUACUCGUUUUGCUUGCGCAUAAAGAAGAUUUUUUUCGUUUGAUAUUUUACCUGCAACGAAAAUUUUUGCAUGGAAAUUACAACGAUUACGAAAGAAAAAUUGUAAUCAGUUGUAAACGAAAAUGUACAUUCUUCGUUUGUUUCUUUACACUUUUCACUCUGGCCACUGUUGCCUCUUACAUCAUUAACCCACUUAUCGCAAAUAUUGGAAGAAACGAGUCAGACAGGGUGCUUCCAUUCAACAUGUGGAUUGACUUGCCAGUCACCGUAACACCAUACUAUGAAAUAAUAUUCGUUCUACAGGUUUUAUCUUUAUAUCAUAUUGGAAUAAGUUACUUUUGUUUCGAUAAUUUCUUAUGCAUCAUGAAUUUACACGUGGCUGGUCAAUUUCAAGUAUUGCAGUAUAGAAUCGCAAACAUGCCAGAUUUAAUGGACAAAGUGAAACAAAGUAGAGAUAAAAUAUUAAAUACGGGAUCAUCGUGCCUUGCGAAUGAAUGUUACAGCAUUUUCAAAAAAUAUAUACGGCAACAUCAGGCGCUUAUAGCGUAUUGCGGGAAAUUAGAGGAAGUAUUCAGUUUGAUUAUUCUGGAGCAAGUAUUGAUGUUCAGCUUGUUAAUUUGCCUCGAUGGAUAUCAGGUGCUUAUGGCAGACGCAUCUACCUCGAUACGCGUGAUUUUCAUUUGUCAUACAAUGGCAUGCCUAUGCCAAUUGUUGAUGUUCACUUACAGCUGUGACUGUAUCAUACGAGAAAGUGCGAGCAUAGCCACCGCAGCGUACGAAGGACCUUGGCUGGUAUUGCCAAUGUCCACAAGCGGAAGAAUGAUGCGAAAAGAUCUGACUCUGAUUAUCCUGCGAUCGCACAUACCUUGUUGCUUAACAGGCAAAGGUUUCUUCGUCGUAUCUCUAGAAACAUACACUAGCGUGCUAAGUACAGCCGCAUCAUAUUUUACACUGCUGAGACAGCGUGAGACUCUGUGACAUACAUUAAUCGUGACAGUGUACAUAGUGUAAAUAGUGUCGUGCAUAGCCUUGUAUAGAGAUCAGUGUUCGUCCUCGUAAAUUAUAAAUUAAAUUGAUUGAAAAGGACUGGAAUUCUGUAACAAUAAAAAUUAAUCAAAUAUCAA